GCCACUUGAACUGCUGAAAUGUGAUGGAACUGGGAGGGGGGCUUUCAGACUUGUAUCAAACGUCGCUGGAGUCGAAGGCGAGAGGCUCAAAAAGAAGUAGGGCCGGGAAGAACUUCUAUGCAGGGUCACCCGAGCGAGCCGGGACUUUACCCACUUCCGAGCCGCCCGAGAAGGUGGAAAGCGAGAAGGGCCGGCCCCCGCGGCCGCCUCGUUGACUUCUGGAAGCCCUUCCGUAACAUGCCAGAAGCCGGCCUGCGGACUUUUUGGCUUCACUGAACUCUAGCGGAGUUUUGCACCUCUCCCGCAUGGAUCUAAUGAUGCGGCCAAAACACUAGGGAUCGCUGGGCGAGCUCGGUCUUGGGAGGCCCGUCGGCAGAAGGUGGCCCGCAGCGGGAGGAGGCCCUGCUCUCUUAACAGCAGCAAGCACCUGUGCGUGUCCUCUGACCUGCGGCUGCCCUCCUGCCAGGCCGGCCCGGCAAGAUGGGGAGCAAGGCUCUGCCGGCGCCGAUCCCGCUACACCCAUCCCUGCAGCUCACCAACUACUCCUUCCUCCAGGCUGUCAACACAUUCCCAGCUGCCGUGGACCACCUGCAAGGCCUGUACGGCCUGAGCGCGGUCCAUACGAUGCACAUGAACCACUGGACGCUGGGCUGCUAUGCGGCCGCCGCCGCCACGGCCACUGCUGGAGGGGGCACUGCUGGCAGUAGUGGAGGGCCCGCGGAGAUCAGCCGUUGCUCAGCGCUGAGCGAGAUGGCGGCAGCACAAGGCCUGGUGGAGCGCUUCCCUUUCCCGGCGCUGCCCUUCGCCACACAUCUCUUCCACCCUAAGCAAGCAGCUGCCAUCGCCCACGUCCUGCCAGCCCUGCGGAAGGAACGGCCCCGCUUUGACUUUGCCAACCUGGCCGCGGCUGCCACCCAGGAGGAUCCACCCAAAGCGCACCAGGCGGCGGCAGCCGCUGCGCAGGCUCACAGCGAGCUGGCCAAGCUGAGCGGCCCUCUGUCAGCAGCGCUGGGCAAACUUUCUCCGGACAGGAAGCCGGCUCGGGGCAGGCUGCCCUCCAAGACCAAGAAGGAGUUCAUCUGCAAGUUCUGUGGGCGGCACUUCACCAAGUCCUACAACCUGCUCAUCCACGAGAGGACCCACACAGACGAGCGUCCCUACACCUGUGACAUCUGCCACAAGGCCUUCAGGAGGCAGGACCACCUCCGCGACCACAGGUAUAUUCAUUCCAAAGAAAAACCAUUCAAAUGUCAGGAAUGUGGGAAAGGAUUUUGCCAGUCCAGGACUUUAGCAGUUCAUAAAACUUUACACAUGCAGGAAUCUCCACACAAAUGCCCCACAUGUGGAAGAACCUUUAAUCAAAGAAGUAACCUGAAAACUCACCUUCUCACCCAUACAGACAUCAAGCCCUACAACUGUGAGCAGUGCGGCAAAGUGUUCAGGCGAAACUGUGAUCUGCGGAGGCACAGUCUAACUCACACCCCGCGGCAGGACUUCUAGAGCAGCCAAGAACCUCCACAGGGAGCUAACUCUGGCUCAAGGACUUGAACUGUAGACAAAAAAAUCUAUAUGCCCCUGCAUAUGUACAGACAGAUGUAUGCAGGGGCCCAAUUCUCCAUCCCCUGGCUCCAGCCCAAAUACUCUAUGGGAGGAGUGACUUCAGCCCCAAACCUUCUCCCCACAUGGGGAGCACAGGCUGAUUUCUUGUAGAUAAUAACAGUGCAGCUCAUUUUAGAGCUCUGUACAGAAACUUUGGUGAAAUGUGUUUGUUUCCUAUAUUGUCUUACCAAAUGCACAUUGGUAACAGCAACAAUCUGGGAGUGAAAAUAUCUUUUAAAAAGUGUAUUUCAAAAUAAACAUUUCCCCCCAA